AUGGUGACGUCUUGGAUUCUAAAUUCACUCUCCAGAGACAUUGCUGACAGUGUGGAGUAUGCUGAUAAUGCUGUUGACUUGUGGAGAGAAUUGGAGGAUCGCUAUGAGCAAACUAUGGUGCUAGGCUGUUAUUACACUAAGCUGAAAAAGCUCUGGGAAGAGCUGAAUACUUUGAGUAAGAAGACUCAUUGCAGUUGUACCUGUACCUAUGGUGCCAAGGAGAACCUGCACAAGACCGAGCAGGACAGAAGAUUGAUACAGUUCCUUACGGGACUUAAUGAGGUCUACACUAUUGUACGUGGAAGCAUUCUUAUGAUGAAUCCACUGCCAACUCUUGCACAGGCUUUUUCACUGCUCAUUCAGGAUGAGAAGCAAAGGGAGAUCAAACCAAAUAACCAAAUGCUUUUUGUGUCUGCCUCCCUAAAUGUCAACACAUUAAAAUCUGGUUGCUACAUAACAAAUUACUCUGCCAAUAACAAUUCCACUGGAGGCAAUAGGCCUCGACCAUUGUGUGACUACUGUAGGAGACCAGGGAAUACCAAGGACAAGUGCUACAAACUACACGAGUACCCUCAAAGUUUUGGAAAUUCACACACUCAAAGUUCAAAUGCAGGAUAG